CUCAGUCCGACAGUCACACUCUGCUGCUGCUCUGUGUGGAUGAAGGAACAUGACUCUCUCUCUCUCUCUCUCUCUCUCUCUCUCUAUCUGUGUCUCUGUUUGUGUGUGUCCGCUUCUGAAUAUUUACAAUAAUUACUUCUUUGAUUGAUUUAUUUCCGGAGCUCCGGAUCUCGACUGACCGAGGAGCAGCAGCCCUCCUCCGGCUGGACUCUGCGAUCACAGCGGUCCGGGCUUCACUCUGAAAAUGUCGAAGGGCACGCUGCGGGACCUGCAGCUCGCUCUGCAGCUGAAGAUCGAGGAGCUCCGUCAGAGAGACUCUCUGAUCGACGAGCUGGAGCUGGAGCUUGACACCAAAGACGAUCUGAUCCGACAACUGCAGGUGGAGCUGGACCGACACCGCAACGCCGCCACUCAGGCCCCCAACGCCAGCGAGGAGACGACCACGACAGGAGCAGCAGUUCAGCCUCCAGCGGCGCCCGAUGAACCUCAACGCACAAAGAGACAGGCCAUCUCUGCAGAGCCCACAGCGCUGGACCCCUCCACGCUCACCGAGGUCACACUCACCAGCUGCUGCAAGAGCAAAGAGUCCAGUGAUCUGAUCCAGAGAGCUCUGAUGGACAACGACUUCAUGAAACACCUGGAACAAGGACAGAUCCUCACCAUCAUGGACUGUAUGCACCCCACCUGUCUGGCCAAAGGCUGCUGUGUGAUCCAGGAGGGGGACGACGGCUCCAUGGUCUACGUCCUGGAGGGUAAGGGUCAACACAAAGGAGUCAGGGGCCUUCAGGGUAGGAGGCGCUGUACACCACGCUCGCUGCAGGUUUUAGGGUGCAGAACAGAACGAGAGCGCACACACAUAAAGCGGAGAGCGGUGUGUGGCGCCCUCACCGCGUCUGAUCUGAAACGGGCUUCAGGCAGAAUAAAGUGUGUUUAACACAGGUGAUGUUAGAAUGGUUCGUUUCAUGAAACCUGCUUCAGUGAAAACACGUUUCUGCAGCUUCAUCACUCAGCUGUUUCAUUCAACAUGAAACGUCCUGCAGACCCUGAACGCAUCGUCAUCUCCUCUUUUAUUCUUCAUUUC